UAUUAGUUAAAUAUUUGAAUUAAAAUUAAAUCUUUUCCACUAUUAGCACAGAAUAAAUUAAAUAAGUAGUAAUUUAAUAGUAAGUUAUUAGUUGAUAUUUUUAUAACACAAUAUGGAUUCUAUCAUUUCUGAGAUGGAAAAAUUAUUACUAUCUGGUAGAGAGGACUGUAAUAUCCAAGACAUUAUAGGAGAAUCUGCAGGUAAAAAUAUUGAUGAUUUGUUGAUUGAAGCUGAUAAAAUAAUUGGUGAAACACUUCCAUUCUUCCAAACAUAUUCAAAUACAAAAGUUAAAUCAUCAAAAGACUCUAAAAGUAUACAAAAUAAUACUAGGAUUAUAUCAGCACAGCCUGAAAUUGAAAGGAAUAAUGCUAAAAAAGUUAAUUUUAAUUUAAAAAAUAAUUCUCAAAGUAUUUCAACUCCAGAGAAACAUUCAAAUACAACAGAAAAUUAUGGAAAAUUAACUAUAAAUAAGUAUAUUAAAGAAGAGGAAAGAAAAAAUCAUAAUAUUCGUUCUCCAUCUUUAAAAAAAUGUACAACUGAGUUAAAAAUUCUUGAUCCUGAAAUAAACUUUAUAAAACCUCAAUUUAAAGUCAGUUCAUCUUUGUUGGAAAAUCACAAUCGGCUACAAAUUAUGUGUAACAGACAUGAUAAAUUUGCUAAUAAUAAUAAAACACAGGACCAAAUUAAUAAAUUAAAAUUGGAAGAAGAAUUAAAAUAUUAUAAAUUGAAAAAUAAUGAGCUUGAAAAAAAUCUAUUAUUCAAAGAACAAGAAAUUCACAAUUUGGAAAAUCGAUAUCAGCAAUUAAGUCAGCAUUGUGAAUCAUUUUUGAAAAAAAAUAUCGAAGAGACAUUAAAGAGUUACGAUUUUCAAUUGAAUGAACUAAUUGAACGUAAUAUGACUAGAGAAUCACAGUUACAUAUUAUAAUUGGUAAUCUUCUUGAAGAAAUUGGACAAUCGCAUUAUCAAUACAGAAUAAAACUAUCAGAAAAAAAUAAACAAAUACGAAAUUAUCUUGAUCAAAUAGAAACAAUACUUGAUAAUGUUUACAAAUUUAAAAAUAAUAAUACAAAAAUAUAGCAUUUGUAAAUUAUCAAUACCACAUUGACAUUACAAUCAUUUAAAAAGAAAUUUUAAAUUUUGUGUAAACAGAUAAGUUGUGAACACAUUCAUAGAUGGAGUAUGAUCAAUUUUUCGCAAAAACGCGCCGAGUAAAAAAAUAUUUAAUAUUAUAAAAAUUUUAAUAAUAUAAACAUAGUAGAAAAUAAAUUAUCCGGCAGUUACUUACGUAUCAACCACUUCAUACAAAAAUUAAUUGGACAACCAGGUCAUGCAGCAUAAGUAUGUAUAUGUAAUGUGUAUAAAUUAUAUUUAUCGAAUUGUCUUGGCUACCAGUUUAUUUAUACUUGUAUAUUACUUGUAGACACCACCUGUCUUCUUCGCUAAUUAUUUAUAUCAUUGAAUUGAACUUUAACGCAACCACUCCUUCUGUGAACUACCCGAUGACACGGUACAUUGGAAACUUAAUAUAUUUACAUACGGAAAUAUCGGCUUACGGCAAAAAUUAUGGUUCCUAGCUAGUUCUUCUUAAAAUAUUUAUUCAGAAAUCUAAUAGAUUUAUUUUUAGUUAUAAGUUUUGAUAAACAAUAAAUAUUUGUAAAAGUUCAAACAACGUUAUUUAGUUAAAAUAAAAUAUGAAUAUUAACAUACAAUAUGUAUUGUAUCGUUUUUACGUUGGCAGUAAGAAAAGUAAAUAAGUACACCGUAUACACCUAUAAGUAUAUUAGUUAUAAUAGCAUUCAAUAUUUUGUCCAAGGCUUCAAAAAUUCUAAAUCAGGCACUGUUGACAUUAUCAAAAUAUGUAGAUUAAUUUUAAGAUAUUCUAUUUAUAAUUUUAUAUCAUGUAAAGUGGUAUUAACUUAGGUUUCAUAAGUUAAUAACAAUAAUAGUUACAUAUACAUAUUAUUAUGAUAAAUACUAAUAAUAUAAUGAAAAUGAAUGCAAUGUUUUGGGAAAAAAAUUAUUAAACCUAUACCGUAAUACCAAUAAUAAAAUAAAUUACCUUAUUAGCAAUAUUAAUGAACAUUUUAUAAAACAUACUUAGUAAUAUAAGCUAACAAAACCGUCUCCGUUAAGAAUUUGUUUUUCGAAUCAAUAAUUUAUCAUUAAAUUGAAUUAAAACAGAGCAAUACCCACUUGCCCACUUUUUAAUCUUAUAAUGUUUAGUUUUGUAAAAUUCCUGUUCUGAUUGUUACUUAAUUUUAUUCGCAUCGUAUUAAUAUUAAUUUCGUAUGGUAGGUAGGUCGUAGGUAAUUUAAAUUCUUAAGUUAAUACUGCAUGUAAAUUUGAAAUGAUUUUAUUUUUAUAGGAUAAACCGAUGGAUUUCGAUUUCAGUGAUUAGAUAGUAAAUAUGAUCAAGCUUAAAUAAUAAUAUAACUGAUCAAAAGUUACUUACAAAUUAUUUUCCGAAAUCGUGCAGACGUUUGCAUUCGAGUGUGAGCCAAGAAGAGCCAAGAAGAAAACAACGCCAACUACGAUUGAUAGAAUCCUAAAAUUAUACCAAUUGACAGUGUUAAUUUAAAGACAUUUAUUCAAAUUAUAAUUGUGUAAUCGUAUAUGUGUAUACAAAUAGUAAUAAUUUGUUCGUAUUAUUAUGAUAAGAGCUUAACGAGGUACGAUUGUACAAGAAAUGUGAAAAAAAUACGA